UUCUCCAGUUAUUACAAUUUCUUCUCCACUUCUCUCUCUUUUCUCUUCCUCUUCUUUUUCUCUCUCUCUUUCUCUCUUCCUUUCUUUCUUUGAUCUCAUCAAAACCCUAAUUUCCGAUCGCAAAAUCCCACCUUUUCCCCCAUAUUCCCUUCUAAUCAGCAGUCCCACUUUUUCCUCCCAAUUUCAGGAUCCUUCCUUGAUUCUUGAUAGUUUUAACAGUGUUAAUUCAGAGGAAAAAGCCCUAACUUUUUUUAAUUCAAUUUCUACAUUUCUUUUUAACUCUUCGAUCAAUUCUCGAUUGCCUUGAGAAUUGAUCGAUUCUUGAAAAUCGUAACCUUCCUGAGAUGUUCUGUUUUUGCUCAAUAUGAAGCUUAAGCGGAGGAGGUAUUUAGAAGUGCCUCCCAAAAUCAGAUCCUUCAUCAAUAGCGUCACUUCCGUGCCGCUUGAGAAUAUAGAGGAAGCCCUAAAAGAUUUUUUUUGGGAGUUUGAUAAGGGAGAUUUUCAUCAUUGGGUUGAGCUUUUUAACCAUUUUGAUACAUUUUUUGAGAAGCACAUAAAAUCAAGAAAAGAUUUGCAGGUUGAGGAUAAUUUUUUGGGAUCUGAUCCACCUUUCCCCAGGGAAGCAGUUCUUCAAAUUCUUCGUGUUAUAAGAAUAGUCUUGGAAAACUGCACAAAUAAGCAUUUUUAUAGCUCUUAUGAGCAUCUUUCAUCCUUGCUUGCAUCUACUGAUGCUGAUGUCGUUGAGGCUUGCUUGCAAACUUUAGCUGCGUUCUUGAAGAAAACAAGUGGAAAGUACUCUAUCAGAGAUGCAUCUUUGAAUUCCAAGUUAUUUGCUCUUGCUCAAGGUUGGGGGGGAAAAGAAGAGGGUCUAGGAUUGAUUGCAUGUGCUAUACAGAAUGGGUGUGAUACAGUUGCUUAUGAUCUAGGGUGUACUCUCCAUUUUGAGUUUUAUGCAUCGAAUGAGUUCUCUGCCUCAGAACAUUCAACCCAAGGUUUACAAAUUAUUCAUUUACCUAACAUCAACACUCAUCCAGAGACUGAUUUAGAACUCUUGAAUAAAUUAGUUGGCGAGUAUAAGGUACCAACAAAUUUAAGGUUUUCUUUAUUGUCAAGAUUGCGUUUUGCUAGGGCUUUUGGCUCUUUUACAUCUCGGCAGCAGUAUACACGCAUUCGCUUGUAUGCCUUCAUUGUUCUUGUUCAAGCAAGCAGUGAUGCUGAUGACCUAGUUUCUUUCUUCAAUAAUGAGCCUGAGUUUGUUAAUGAGUUAGUUACUUUACUGAGCUAUGAAGAUGCAGUUCCCGAGAAGAUUCGAAUUUUAUGUCUGCUUUCUUUGGUUGCUCUUUGUCAAGAUCGGUCCCGCCAACCUACUGUAUUGACUGCUGUCACAUCUGGCGGACACCGAGGUAUCCUAUCCAGCCUCAUGCAGAAAGCCAUUGAUUCUGUUGUGAGCAAUACAUCAAAGUGGUCUGUUGUGUUUGCUGAGGCUCUGCUAUCUCUUGUCACUGUUUUGGUUUCAUCGUCAUCAGGUUGCUCGGCCAUGCGUGAAGCAGGGUUUAUCCCCACUCUUCUACCUCUGCUUAAAGAUACUGAUCCUCAGCAUCUGCAUUUGGUCAGCACAGCUGUCAAUAUUCUGGAGGCCUUCAUGGAUUAUAGUAAUCCUGCGGCUGCAUUGUUCAGAGACUUGGGUGGUUUAGAUGAUACAAUCUCUCGCUUGAAACUUGAAGUUUCUUAUGUGGAAAACAGUCCAAAGCAACAAGUUGAAGAUCCUGAUUGUAGUGGGAGGAGUUCACAAGUAGUUGCAGGUGCUUCAACUGAGCUUGACAACAUGCAACCUCUAUAUUCUGAAGCAUUAGUUUCCUAUCAUCGGCGGCUACUCAUGAAAGCUUUAUUACGUGCUAUAUCUCUUGGAACAUAUGCCCCUGGAAACACUGCUCGUGUUUAUGGAUCUGAGGAGAGUUUGUUGCCACAGUGCUUGAGUAUCAUAUUUAGACGAGCAAAAGAUUUUGGUGGGGGAGUAUUUGCACUUGCAGCAACUGUCAUGAGUGAUCUAAUUCACAAGGAUCCUACAUGCUUUUCUGUCUUAGAGGCAGCUGGUCUUCCAUCUGCCUUCCUAGAUACUAUAAUGGAUGGUGUUCUCUGCUCUGCAGAAGCCAUAACAUGCAUACCUCAGUGUUUGGAUGCCUUGUGUCUAAAUACUAAUGGUCUUCAGGCUGUGAAAGACCGCAAUGCUUUGAGGUGUUUUGUCAAGAUAUUUACUUCUAGAACAUAUUUGCGUUGUCUUACUGGAGAUACUCCUGGUUCCUUGUCAAGUGGCUUGGAUGAACUUAUGCGCCAUGCUUCUUCAUUGCGUGUGCCUGGAGUGGAUAUGGUGAUUGAGAUCUUGAAUGUCAUACUGAGAAUUGGCUCUGGUGUUGACACUUCAAAUUUUGCUGCUGAAUCUUCUGCCCCUGUUCCUAUGGAAACUGAUGCUGAAGAGAGGAAUUUGAUUCAGCAAGAUGACAGGGAAUCUUCAAGGACUGAGAGCUCAGAGCAAACGGCUGAGUCGUCUUCUGAUGCUUCUUUGAUGAAUAUUGAAUUGUUUCUUCCUGAUUGUAUAAGCAAUGUGGGCCGUUUACUUGAAACCAUUCUUCAGAAUGCUGACACAUGCCGGAUGUUUGUUGAAAAGAAGGGUAUUGAUGCUGUCCUACAGUUGUUUACCUUGCCUUUAAUGCCUCUUUCAGCAUCAGUUGGACAGAGCAUUUCUGUUGCCUUCAAGAACUUUUCACUUCAGCAUUCUGCUUCUCUGGCUCGGGCAGUUUGUUCAUUCCUGAGAGAACAUCUGAAGUCAACAAAUGAACUUUUAGCUUCUGUUGGAGGAACUCAGCUAGCCAUGGUCGAACCUGGAAACCAGACCAAGGUUUUGAGAUCUCUUUCUAGUCUCGAAGGUAUAUUGUCCCUUUCCAACUUUCUUUUGAAGGGCACUACCAGUGUUGUCUCUGAGUUGAGCACUGCAGAUGCUGAUGUAUUGAAAGAUCUUGGGAGGGCAUACAGGGAAAUAAUAUGGCAAAUUUCUUUGUCUAAUGAUUCCAUGGCUGAUGAGAAGCGGAAUGCUGAUCAAGAAAGUGAGAGUCCAGAUGCAGCUCCGUCAAAUGCUGCUGCUGGAAGAGAAAGUGAUGAUGAUGCCAGUAUCCCAGCUGUGAGAUACAUGAACCCUGUUUCUGUUAGGAAUGGUCCUCAGUCUUUGUGGGGUGCAGAACGAGAGUUUCUUUCUGUUGUCCGUUCUGGUGAAAGUUUGCACCGUCGUAGUCGACAUGGAUUGUCCCGUUUGAGGGGUGGAAGGAGUGGUCGACACCUGGAGGCUUUAAAUAUUGAUUCUGAAGUUUCUCACAACCUACCAGAGAUGUCAUCUCUCCAGGAUAUGAAAACAAAAAGUCCUGGCCUUCUUGUGAUAGAAAUUCUUAACAAGCUUGUUUUCACAUUACGGUCUUUUUUCAUAGCUCUUGUGAAGGGGUUUACCUCACCAAAUCGUCGUAGAGCAGAUGCAGGAUCAUUAAGUUCGGCUUCCAAGACCCUUGGUAUGGCCCUGGCUAAAAUAUUUCUUGAGGCCCUGGGUUUCUCCGGGUAUUCUUCAUCUUCGGGUCUUGAUACAUCCCUUUCAGUCAAGUGUCGCUACCUUGGAAAAGUUGUUGAUGACAUGGGAGCACUGACAUUUGACAGCAGGCGGCGUACAUGUUAUACAGCAAUGGUUAAUAAUUUUUAUGUCCAUGGAACCUUUAAGGAGCUACUUACCACCUUUGAAGCUACUAGUCAGUUACUGUGGACACUACCAUACUCUAUUCCUACGCCAGGUAUUGAACAUGAGAAGGCAGGUGAAGCAAAUAAAUUCUCACACAGUACAUGGCUGCUUGAUACGUUACAAUGCUACUGCCGCGUGCUUGAGUAUUUUGUUAAUUCUACUUUACUUCUGUUUGGGAAUUCUGGAUCCCAAACUCAGCUGCUUGUUCAGCCAGUUGCUGCAGGUUUGUCAAUUGGGCUCUUCCCCGUUCCUAGGGACCCAGAAACCUUUGUGCGUAUGCUGCAGUGUCAGGUGCUGGAUGUGAUUCUACCUAUCUGGAACCAUCCUAUGUUUCCUAAUUGUAGUCCUGGUUUUGUGGCUUCUGUUGUUUCGAUUAUCAUGCAUGUAUACUCAGGUGUUGGAGAUGUGAGACGAAAUCGCAGCGGCAUCUCAGGAAGUACAAACCAGCGUUUCAUGCCCCCACCGCCCGAUGAAGGUACCAUUGCCACCAUUGUUGAGAUGGGUUUUUCAAGGGCUAGGGCUGAGGAAGCACUGAGACGAGUUGAAACAAAUAGUGUUGAAAUGGCCAUGGAGUGGCUGAUUAGUCAUGCUGAGGAUCCUGUGCAAGAGGAUGAUGAACUGGCUCGGGCACUUGCUUUGUCACUUGGAAAUUCAUCAGAGACAUCCAAAGUUGACAGUGUUGACAAGCCAAUGGAUGUCAUUACAGAAGAAGGGCGGCCUGCAGAACCUCCAAUUGAUGAUAUCCUCAGUGCAUCUGUGAAGUUGUUCCAGAGUAGUGAUAAUAUGGCAUUUUCAUUGACAGACUUGCUUGUAACACUUUGCAAUCGUAACAAAGGAGAAGAUCGUCCAAAAGUGUUAUCUUUUCUUAUUCAACAGCUGAAGCUCUGUCCACUGGAUUUUUCAAAAGAUUCAAGUGCAUUGUGUAUGAUAUCUCAUAUUGUAGCACUGCUUCUAUCUGAAGAUGGGAAUACGCGCGAAAUUGGUGCACAGAAUGGUAUAGUACCUGCUGCUAUUGAUAUCCUGAUGGACUUCAAGGCUAAAAAUGAGUUGGGGAAUGAAAUUAUGGCACCAAAAUGUAUCAGUGCUUUACUGUUGAUCUUGGAUAACAUGUUGCAGUCUCGUCCAAGAAUAUUUUCUGACACGGUGGAGGGUACACAGACAGUAUCUCAGCCUGACUCAUCUGGGGAGCAUGCUUCUUUGUCAGGUCCAGAAUCAAUGACACAGAAAAAAUUAGCUUCGGAUGCUAAUGAGAAAGAAUCUAUCACCCCAUUAGAGAAAACAUUGGGUAAAUCCACUGGUUACUUGACCAUAGAAGAGAGUCACAAGUUGCUGCUUGUUGCUUGCGACCUAAUCAGACAGCAUGUUCCAGCAAUGGUCAUGCAAGCUGUUCUGCACAUUGAUCCUGAGUUUUUAGCUGCUCUUCCUCCAGACAUUCAAGCAGAAGUGUUAGCACAGCAGAGAGCGCAGAGAGUUGCUCAGCAAGCUGAGGGUCAACCUGUGGACAUGGAUAAUGCUUCGAUCAUUGCAACCUUCCCUGCUGAUCUGCGUGAAGAGGUGCUGUUGACUUCCUCGGAAGCAGUUUUGUCAGCGUUACCUUCUUCAUUGCUUGCUGAAGCUCAAAUGCUUAGGGACAGAGCAAUGAGUCAUUACCAGGCACGUAGUCUUUUUGGAGGUAGCCACAGGCUAAAUAAUCGGAGGAAUGGUUUGGGAUUGGAUAGGCAGACAGUGAUGGACAGGGGUGUUGGAGUUACAUUAGGUCGAAGGCCAGGCUCUACCAUUUCAGAUAGCUUAAAAGUGAAGGAAAUUGAAGGGGAGCCUCUGUUGAAUGCAAAUUCUUUGAAAGCUUUGAUUCGCCUUCUACGGCUAGCGCAGCCCCUUGGGAAAGGCCUUCUACAGAGGCUUCUGUUAAAUCUUUGUGCACAUAGUGUUACAAGAGCAACUUUGGUAAAGCUCUUGCUUGAUAUGAUUAAAUCUGAAACUGAAGGCUCAAGCAAUGGUUUGUCAACAAUAAAUUCCCACAGGCUUUAUGGUUGCCAGUCAAAUGUUGUUUAUGGCCGGUCACAGUUGUUUGAUGGUCUUCCACCUCUUGUACUACGUCGCGUUCUCGAGAUUUUGACUUAUUUGGCUACAAAUCAUUCUGCUGUUGCAAAUAUGUUGUUUUACUUUGAUCCCUCAAUUCUUUCUGAACCAUUGAGCCCAAAGUAUUCAGAAACCAAGAAAGAUAAAGGCAAGGAGAAAAUUAUGGAUGGAGAUGCGUCAAAAACCUUGGGAAACUCUCUGGAAGGAGAUGUUCCUUUAAUAUUAUUUCUUAAGCUCUUGAAUCGGCCGCUGUUUUUGCACAGCACUGCCCAUCUCGAGCAGGUUGUGGGCGUGCUUCAAGUAGUUGUCUAUACAGCAGCAUCAAAAUUAGAAAGUCGGUCACUCUCUGAUUUGGCAGUUGAUAAUUCAAAUUCCCUUAACCAGCUCACAAAUGAAGCUUCUGGUGAUGCUCAUAAAGAUCCUCCUUUGUCAGAACCAGAUUCUAAUCAGGAGGAUAAACGGACCAAUGCUGAAUCCUCUGUAUCUGGUGGCCAUAGAAAUGUCAAUUUGUACAAUAUAUUCUUGCAGCUGCCAGAGUCUGAUUUGCGCAAUUUAUGCAGUCUUCUUGGUCGUGAGGGGCUGUCGGAUAAAGUUUAUAUGUUGGCUGGUGAGGUGCUGAAGAAGUUGGCCUCAGUUGCUGUGACGCAUCGCAAGUUCUUUACUUCAGAGCUUUCAGAAUUAGCUCAUGGUUUGAGUAGUUCGGCUGUCAAUGAGCUGAUUACACUGAGGAAUACACAGAUGCUGGGCCUGAGUGCAGGUUCCAUGGCAGGAGCUGCAAUCCUGCGUGUGCUACAAGUGCUUAGCUCACUUGCUUCAGCUAAUGUUGAUGAUGAUACACCACAGGAUGGUGUUCGUGAACAGGAAGAGCAAGCUACCAUGUGGAAAUUAAAUGUGUCAUUAGAGCCAUUGUGGGAAGAAUUAAGUGAUUGUAUCGGCAUGACUGAGAUACAGCUGGCUCAGAGCUCACUCUGUCCAACUGUAUCUAAUGUAAAUGUUGGGGAGCAUGUACAGGGAACAUCCUCAUCAUCACCACUUCCUCCUGGGACUCAGAGACUCCUUCCUUUCAUUGAGGCUUUCUUUGUUUUGUGUGAAAAGCUACAUGCAAAUCAUUCUAUCAUGCAGCAAGAUCAUGUAAAUGUGACUGCCCGAGAAGUAAAAGAGUCUGCUGAGUGUUCUGCUUCCUUAUCCUCCAAGUGCGGUGGGGAUUCUCAGAAAAAGCUUGAUGGUUCUGUGACAUUUGCAAGGUUUGCUGAGAAGCAUCGCAGACUUCUGAAUGCUUUCGUUAGGCAGAAUCCUGGCUUGUUAGAAAAAUCACUUUCUAUGUUGCUGAAAGCUCCAAGGUUGAUUGACUUUGAUAACAAAAGAGCAUAUUUCCGUUCAAGAAUAAGGCAACAGCAUGAACAGCACCUUGCUGGCCCACUGCGGAUAAGUGUGCGGCGUGCAUAUGUUUUGGAGGACUCUUACAAUCAGUUAAGAAUGCGGCCUACUCAGGAUCUGAAGGGUCGUUUGAACGUGCAGUUUCAAGGUGAAGAGGGUAUUGAUGCUGGUGGUCUGACAAGAGAAUGGUAUCAGUUGUUGUCAAGGGUUAUAUUUGACAAAGGAGCAUUACUUUUUACUACUGUGGGGAACAAUGCAACUUUCCAGCCAAAUUCCAAUUCUGUUUACCAGACUGAGCAUCUAUCGUACUUCAAAUUUGUUGGUCGUGUGGUUGCAAAGGCAUUAUUUGAUGGUCAACUUUUGGAUGUUUAUUUUACUCGUUCCUUCUACAAGCACAUACUUGGUGUGAAGGUGACAUACCAUGAUAUAGAGGCAGUUGAUCCUGAUUAUUACAAGAAUCUGAAGUGGAUGCUACAGAACGAUGUGAGUGACAUACCUGACCUGACUUUUAGCAUGGAUGCUGAUGAAGAGAAGCACAUACUUUAUGAAAAAACUGAGGUUACUGAUUAUGAGCUUAAACCCGGAGGAAGAAAUAUCAGAGUUACUGAAGAAACAAAACACGAGUACGUAGACCUUGUUGCUGAUCAUAUCUUGACAAAUGCUAUCCGUCCUCAGAUCAAUUCCUUCCUUGAGGGAUUUAAUGAAUUGGUUCCACGGGAACUUAUUUCAAUUUUUAAUGAUAAAGAGCUUGAGCUACUAAUCAGUGGACUUCCUGAAAUUGAUUUGGAUGAUCUAAAGGCCAACACCGAGUAUACUGGCUACACAGCUGCAUCUCCUGUUAUUCAAUGGUUUUGGGAAGUUGUUAAAGCUUUUAACAAAGAGGACAUGGCAAGACUGCUGCAGUUUGUCACUGGAACAUCAAAGGUGCCGUUGGAGGGUUUUAAGGCAUUGCAGGGCAUCUCUGGUCCACAAAGGUUUCAGAUUCACAAGGCAUAUGGAGCUCCUGAGCGGCUGCCUUCUGCACAUACAUGCUUUAAUCAACUAGACCUUCCUGAGUAUACCUCCAAGGAACAGCUUCAGGAACGUUUGCUGCUUGCUAUCCAUGAAGCUAGUGAAGGGUUUGGCUUUGGUUGAACAAAUGUUGUAUUAUGAUGACAUUGUCUCAGCAGCACCUAUAAUCCAUCUACAAAUUUACAUUGUACAUAAGCCUGAUGGAUUUGGCCGAUGAAGAUGUAAUAAUGGGAGGAAAAGCUGCUGAUCUUAAAGAGUGUAGAAAUAGGAUUCCGGAUGCCCAAUGCAGCAGAAAUGGAGGGGAUGAUGCUUGUGCCUUUGAUUACUACUGGCGAGCUUCUCAAACAACCAACCCAGAGGAAAAAUGAGAUUCUUUUCAUAGUUUUUGCCAUGUCAAGUGAUUGAGAGGGAGCACAAGAAGAUGGUUCUAUUGUUAAUAUUAGUUUUGUUUUUUCUUUUCUAAUUCUUGAAAAGUGCUCACAUGGCUAAUUGUCUUUUUGGAUUAGCGCAUGUCCUCAACUAUUUCCCUAGUUCUUAAUAAGCUAGUGAUUGUUCAUAUUAAAUCAUCC